GGGAGCUGCCCCUCUCUCUGGCUGCGUGCACCAAGCAGUGGGAUGUGGUGAGCUACCUCCUGGAGAACCCGUACCAGCCCGCCAGCCUGCAGGCUGCCGACUCCCUGGGCAACACCGUUCUGCAUGCCCUGGUGAUGAUCGCAGACAACUCUGAAGAGAACAGCAAACUGGUGAUCCGCAUGUACGACGAACUCCUCAGGGCAGGGGCGCGCCUCUGCCCCACUGUGCAGCUUGAGGACAUCCAAAACCUGCAGGGCCUCACGCCCUUGAAGCUGGCUGCCAAGGAGGGCAAAAUUGAG